AGCCAAUCAAAGAUUAUCGUGGGCGGGCCUAUUGAUCCAUGGUUUGGUUGAGACGCGAAACGUAGUAUUGACGAGGUUUUGUGACCUAGACAUGUCUCAAAGCACUAAACACCAGCAGACUGAAUCUUCCUGUAGCCCCAACUUGAAUAGAGGGAUGCUGGUCAUGGGGGGAGUAAAACAGGAACAGAGUGAGGCCCCCCUUCCCCGUGGCACCAGCUCACAGGACUCGGCCCAAGAAGAGAAUACUCUGUCCCUGACUGUUCAGCCAGUGAAAAAAAGAGGCUGGCCAAAAGGCAAGAAAAGGAAGAAGGUACUGCCUAAUGGACCCAAGGCCCCUGUGACGGGCUACGUGCGCUUCCUCAAUGAGCGGCGCGAGCAGAUCCGUGCCCUGCAUCCUGACCUGCCCUUCCCAGAAAUAACCAAGAGGCUGGGUGCCGAGUGGAGCAGGCUAGCCCCGCUGGAUAAACAGCGGUACCUUGAUGAAGCUGAACGGGAGAAACAGCAAUAUGCAAGGGAACUCAGGGAAUACCAGCAGAGUGAGGCUUAUCAGAUCACCAGCGCCAAGAUCCAGGACAAAAAAGUCAAGAGAGAAGAGCUUCCAUCUGUGAUUAUCAACGCCAGUAGUUUUGGCCAAACUGGAAUGAAGGGCUCAGACCUUUCCAACAGGUUCGAUGUUCCCAUCUUUACAGAAGAGUUCUUGGACCAGAAUAAAGCACGGGAGGCUGAGCUGCGGCGCCUCCGCAAAGCCAACGUGGAGUUCGAGGAGCAGAACCACAUGCUGCAGAAGCACAUCGCCGACAUGUACAGCGCCAAGGAGCGCCUGGAGGCCGAGCUGGGCCAGGACGAGCUACGUACAAAGGCCCUGCAACGCCACCUGCUGGCCGUCAAGCACACCCUUGUCAACAGCCUGGCUGCGGUGCCCCUACCUGGUACCGGUGAGACUCCCUCACUGGGUACGCUGGACUCGUACCUGAGCCGGAUGAGCAGCAUGCUGGAGAGCAGCCCCACCGAGCACCGUGCCCUGCUGGGCCAGCUCAAGGAGGUCUUGUCUCACUUUGAUAGUGAGAAGCUCUGAGGAGCCUGGAGGAUGGUGGCGAUAUGGUGGACCGCGGAGCUGGGCCAGGAUCUGAUCUAUGCGAAUGAGACUGAGAGUACUCCACCGUCGUACAGCUUUACUACUCAGAUGUAGCAUAGUGACAUAACCGGUGCAGAACGCAUUACAUCAGGUCAAAACAGUUCCGGUUUACAAUUCAGUGCAGGACCAGCUUGUGUGUUACGUGACUAAGGAAAUGUCUAACAUUAAUUUCUUGUCAUAUUAAGUAUGUUUGUAAUGAAUUUUGUCUCUGAAAUGGAUACACAAAUUUACAUGAUUUUUGUAUGUAUGUAUUACAAAAUAUCCUUUGUGAACGGUAUUUGUAUGAUGCGGGAUUGCCGCUUCAGGAGUUAACUUAACAGACAAUGUAUAUUAUUCCAUAGUUCUCUUUUGGUCUUCUAUACGUAUAUUCCUUUGCUUCUUCUGAAAGCAAGAGACUGAGAUAAGCCAAGUAACUAGUCAGUGAAUAUGUGUUGAACAAUAACACACUAUAUUUUGAUCAGAAUAAUGUGGGUUUUGAAAAGUGUCAGUUAUAUAAUGUAUGAAUAAAGCAUGCGUGCUUCUGGUAAAAUUGUCUCUACAUUCCAAUGUGAUAAUUUAAAUGAAAUAAAAAUGGACCUUCGCCUACAUUUACCAAAA